AUGAAGAGCAAUUCGAUCUUCGAAAAUCUGAGCGACUUCUCAAGUUCGUAUGUGGACAAAAUUCACAGGAGCAAAGAGGACGAUGACGCCAAUAUAGCCUUCCUGUGCAAUAGGAAGGAAGCAGUUCUACAUAAUAGAAGGGUGAACAUGGAUAAUUUACUCAUAAACAAUGAGUACAAUUUCGUACCCCAGUUAGACAUAGUUAAUAAGCACAUCGCUGUGAAACCGUACACACAAGACGUUUCUCAUCAUGUGAGGGGAACUAAACGGAGUGACAAAAGGUUUGGUGAUGCAGAUGCGGACCCAAGCCGGCAAAGGGUGCGGCCGAAAAUGGCCUCCAAAUUGCUUCCCCCAGUGGGGCAACCGGUAAGGAAAAAGGCCGCGCACAAUGGUAGGCAAAGGGUUAAACAAAGGAUCGGGCAAACAAUGCGAAACAACUCAGAACAAGAGGUGGGUCGAGGGACACGACAAAACACACCUCAAGCGGUAGGACAAAAGAGUAGACAUGGGGAGGAACCCAGGGAAAUACAUACAAACGAACGGGACCAAGAUGUGCUCGAAGAAAAACAUCUCAGGAGCCCCACCUCUUCCUCGGAUUGGUAUGACAAAAACAUGUACAGAAAUUAUUAUCUACUAAACAAAAGUUGCUCAUACUUAAAGUCCAAAUGUGAUAGGGAUACAGUUUUAGAUCCAUAUAGAAUGGAGGUGGAGGAACGGAUCAAUGGAAACCACCAGUUUAAUCUUCGUGAUGAAAAUGAUGAGAAAGAUGGUCACAUGUGUGCCCAGAGUUAUCCUUAUGAUAAAGAAAAAGUGCGUAAAAAAAGGGCGUUUCAUUUCAAAAUUGAUAAGGAAAAAGCUUCUGAUUUGGGAACAUAUAAUGGUAGUAUGAGCUCGGACAUGUUAUUAUAUAAUAGCGAAUAUGAUGAUGGUAAGUACCCGGAUAAAACAGAGACAUAUGAUUUUUUAAAAGAAUGUGAUUAUGAAAAUGGCACAAAUUCUGCGGACCGAACAAAAUACGACGAUGAUGGAUCAUCUCUCGAGAUGCUACACACUCUUGAGUACGAAAAGGACACCAACAUUUCGGAUAUAAAAAAUUUCCCCGUGCGCACACGUUCAUACAGACACAGAGGAGAAACGUACGCGGAAAAAAAAAAUAUAUCAUCAAGUAGUAACAUGUCUCAAUUGAUGCAAAUAAAAUAUUUAAUAAAUAAAAAAAAAAAUUCAUCCAACAGAAAAAAUGGAAAUUCCCCAUUUUAUGAUUAUAAAAAUAACAACACAUUUGUAAAAUUGCUCAUGACUGAAAUAAAAAUAGAAACAAAGCUAUACAACUUAAUUUUAUUUCUGUUCCUGUUGAUAGUAUUAUCACUCUUUAAGGAUAUAUCUAAUUACAUAGUUAUUACAAGAAAGUGCUACAACAUAUAUGAAAAUCCAAUAAAAUCAAUUAAAAGAAUAUUAAAAUGUGUAAUUUGGGCUUUAAAAAUUGGGUAUAAAUGCACUUCUCCAUUUAUUCUGUAUAUGUUAUCAUUUUUUGGUGUAAUAAUUUUCCGCACUUUUUUACUUCUCAACAUUCCUAUCUUCCUUUUGUUAUUUUAUUGCAAAUUUUUUCUGAAAAAUGACGAUUCCUCUGUUAAGCUAUACCUCCUUUUUGUUGUCAACAUAUACAAGUAUAUUGUUUUCCAUUUUGUUCAUAUUUUAAAGAAUUAUUCCAAUAACAUUUGUUUCCGUGAUUUUUUGUCCGUCAUUUGUGUAUCUUUUCAUUUCAUUUUUUUUUCCCUCUAUCGAAUUGUUCACAAAAUUUACACUAAUAAAGUUCGAUAA